AUGAUUCUUGAUGAGGAGCUCCUUGAUGCAGCAGCGAUGCCAAAUGAAGCGCACAUAUCAACUGGUUAUGCCGCCCCAGCUAGUUCAGGCGCUUUCACUGUUCCGGAAACGAAAGUUCGUCGUUUAUUUCCAGAAGUGUGGAUAUGGCAUCAAGCGGAAGAAACUGAGUGA